CGGACCCCCGCUGCCCGCAGCGAGCCCCUUUCUGCCAGCAGACGAGCCCAGAGUGCCACCAGACAGGAGCCAGAGAUGACCAAGGAAGAAGACUUACCGGACUGGAACUCAUCCAAGGAGUUUUAUGAAAAAUAUGAGCCGAAGGAGGUUUUGGGCAGGGGGGUGAGCAGCGUUGUCCGUCGGUGCAUUCACAAAACCACCCGGCAGGAGUAUGCCGUGAAGAUUAUUGACAUCACGGCAGGUAACAUAUCCCCCAAGGAGGUGCAGGAACUGCGAGAAGCCACCGCUAAAGAGAUCGACAUUCUCCGGAAAGUCUCGGGCCACCCCAACGUCAUCCAGCUAAAGGACAGCUAUGAAUCCAGCACUUUCUUCUUCUUGGUGUUUGACCUGAUGAAAAGAGGAGAGCUCUUCGACUACCUCACUGAGAAAGUCACCUUGAGUGAGAAGGAAACCAGGAAGAUCAUGCGUGCGCUGCUGGAAGUGAUCCAGUACCUCCACUCCAUCAACAUCGUCCACCGGGACCUGAAGCCAGAGAACAUCCUCCUGGAUGACAACAUGAACAUUAAGCUGACGGACUUUGGCUUCUCCUGCCAGCUGCGAGAGAACGAGAAGCUCAAAGAGAUCUGCGGCACGCCUGGCUACCUGGCCCCCGAGAUCCUGCAGUGUUCCAUGGACGACGAGCACCAAGGCUACGGGAAGGAGGUCGAUAUGUGGAGCACGGGGGUGAUCAUGUACACCUUGCUGGCCGGCUCGCCUCCCUUCUGGCACCGCAAGCAGAUGCUGAUGCUGCGGAUGAUCAUGAAUGGAGACUACCAGUUUGGCUCCCCAGAGUGGGACGAUCGCUCGGACACCGUCAAGGACCUGAUCUCCCGGUUCCUGGUGGUGGACCCACGGAAGCGAUACACGGCUGGUGAGGCGCUGGCCCACCCCUUCUUCCAGCAGUACGACGUGGAGGAGGUCCGGCACUUCAGCCCCUUCCGGAAAUUUAAGGUGAUCUGCCUGACCGUCCUGGCAUCGGUCCGUAUUUACUACCAGUACCGGCUGGUCAAGUCGGUCACCAGGGAGCUGGUGGUGCGGGACCCAUACGCCCUGAAGCCCGUCCGCAAGCUGAUCGAUGCCUGUGCCUUCAGGACCUACCGGCACUGGGUGAAGAAGGGGGAGGCGCAGAACAGAGCCGCCCUCUUCGAGAACACCUGCAAGGCCAUUUUGCUGACCCUGGCAGCCGAGGAAGGGCUGUUUUGAUUGCUGCUGCGUAAGCUGAUGAGUUUGCUCAGAGUUAAGGCGAGUAAAAUCUUUGAA